GGAGCCCCAGGGGCGCACCUGCAACCUCCCCGCCGUCUGCACCUGCCGCCUCUCAGCCAGCGCGGGAACCCGAGCGAGCCAUGGCCAACGCGGGGCUGCAGUUGCUGGGCUUCAUCCUGGCCUUCCUAGGCUGGAUAGGUUCCAUCGUGAGCACUGCCAUGCCCCAAUGGAAGAUUUACUCCUACGCCGGCGACAAUAUCGUGACUGCCCAGGCCAUCUACGAGGGGCUGUGGAUGUCGUGCGUGUCGCAGAGCACCGGGCAGAUCCAGUGUAAAGUCUUCGACUCCUUGCUGAAUCUGAGCAGUACUUUGCAAGCAACCCGCGCCUUGAUGGUGAUUGGUAUCCUGCUGGGACUGAUAGCAAUCUUUGUGGCCACCAUUGGCAUGAAGUGUAUGAAGUGCAUGGAAGAUGAUGAGGUGCAGAAGAUGCGGAUGGCUGUCACUGGGGGUGUGAUAUUUCUUAUUGCAGGUCUGGCUAUUUUAGUUGCCACAGCAUGGUAUGGCAAUAGAAUUGUUCAAGAAUUCUAUGACCCCAUGACCCCAGUCAAUGCCAGGUAUGAGUUUGGUCAGGCUCUCUUCACUGGCUGGGCUGCUGCUUCUCUGUGCCUUCUGGGAGGUGGCUUACUUUGCUGUUCCUGUCCCCGAAAAACAACCUCUUACCCAACACCACGGCCCUAUCCAAAACCUACACCUUCCAGUGGGAAAGACUACGUGUGAUACAGGCAGAUGGAGAUGAUCCUGUUGGAACAAACAGAAAAAGGACAUUGAAAUACUAUCAUUGACAAGAGGACUUUAGACUUUCAACUAUUACAAUCUGAACUAUGGCAUUACAAAAAAAAAAAAAAAAAAAAAAAGAAAAGAAAAGAAACAAACCAAGAAACCCAUAUUUUUUUAAAUACCUAUUGCUAGAAAUGGCUUAGUUGUAUUUUAUCUCUUUUCCUCAAUACAAGAGGGAAGCCCUUCCAUUUGUAUUACUGCUUCCCACUGAGUAAUCACACUCAAAGGGUGGGGGUACUCCUUAAGUAUAUAUAGAUAUGUAUAUAUUCAUGUUUUUCUAUUAAAAACUUAGACAGUAAAAUACUCAUAUUUUCAUUAUGUUGGCAAGUACACUUAAAAUAUCUCUAAAAUAGAAAAAUAUUAAAUCCAUUUGUAUAUUUUUCUUCUUUCUCUAUAUAUACAUAUAAAUAGGUCAAAUACCAUUUACCUUCCUUCAUCAGCUUUUAAUGUCUUUGCCAUAAGACCUAAGCUACUUUUAUCAAAUCUGUAUUCUUCCAGUUCUUCAUGUGAGCCUCUUCAUAUACUUAUUUUAUUUUUUAAGCAUAAUCUUAUAGUGCCUGCUUCUUUGUUAGGUCCUUAUUUGUUUUUUAUUAGGUUGGUCUCUAAGUCCAGAAUAUAACACAUUUCGUAGUCUACGUUUGAAUUCCUAAAGCCAAUAAGAAUCUCUUGCACAUCAGAGUUUUGGGAGCAGAUUUUUGCAUGGCCAAAAUGAUAUACUCCUGUUGAUCUUCCCACACAGUCCCUGUACUCUGACCUAUAGCACUCUUGUUUGCUUUGAAAAUAUUUGUCCCGUUGAGUAGCUGCGUGCUGCUCACCCAGGUGUUGUAACACACUUUUAUAGACUGAAUUUUUUAAGCAACUUAUUCACAGUCGUAUUUCUCCUCAAACUACCUUUUUCUUUCUCCCUCUUCAACUAUCUGUUUUCCCAUAUGUGAUUAUCAUACAGUUUACCUCUUCCCAAAGAGGUGUGGUCUGUUUGCCUGAACAAAGUGCUACACUUUCUGGAAUAAUAAUCUGGUAACAAACAUUCUCUCUGUAGUUGUAAGCAAGUCACUUAAUCUUUCUACCUCUUUUCCCAUCUGUUAAAUUGAGAUAAUGAUACUUAACCAGUUGGUAGAGGUAGUGUGAGUAUUAAUUAGUGGAUAUCAUUCUCAUUCUUUGAACAUGAAAUAUGCCUAAGUAGUAUUUUUAUUUGCUGAAUGGGCUGUUUAGAAGUCACUGAACAAAACCUACACACACAACUUCACAUCUGCCGAUAUCUUCCUCUCUCCACUGAUGUGUUUCCUUUUCUCCAGCUGUGCCUAGCAGGUUGUUGGUGCUCUUUCACAUUUUAACAACUGCUCUUACUUUUAAAGUCUGAACAAAAUGCUACUUCACUUGAGCAAGAUGGUAUAAUGUCAAGGGUGUUGGCUUUGAUGUCUGGAGACCUGCAUUUGAGUCCUAGUGCUAUCGAUUACUGUCUGAGUUUGGGCAAGGCACUUGGCUGCCCUAGAUUUAUUGCUUCAUCUGUAAAAAGGGGUGUGUAUUUCCUGACCUGCCUACCUCGCUGGGAUGUUGUGGGGAUCCAGUGAGAUGGAAUACUUGUAAAUGUGGUUUUGUAAGGUGAAAAGUGCUCUACUAGGUGAAAGAAUUAUGGAAUUUAAGUGUGUAGUUUUGGGGGUUACUUUUCAAGCGACUGAAAAGAGAAAUUUUAAGAAAUGGGUUUCUUGCCUUAACCAGUCUCUCAAGUGAUGAGACAUUAAAGUGGAAUUCAACUCACUUAAAGAAAGGAAUUCUAAUAAGUCUUAGUUUCUUCAGUCAGUAUGGCCUGAUGCUUUCUGUGGCAAAGCAGAUGUAAGGGGGGAAACAAAAGCCUAAGAAUGAGCAAAACCAACAGUAUGAGAUUUUUUUUUUAAUUAUAAUAAUCUUGUAAGGGUAUAAGAGGUACUGUCUGUUAAGGGAUGCCCUCAGAGCUCUUGCUUUUAGAGGCAGCCAACACCGCAAGGAUAGUUAGUUUGGGAAUGGUACCUCAUGGUGAAAACACAUAUGAAAUUAUCCAAAGGACUGUGUUGUAUGAGGAUUUGGACCUAGUAAACUUGAGUGUGUUUUCCAGACCUGGAAGUCUAUGCUUCUAGAAGUUAUGAUUCAAUGAGAAUUUUGCCACAUACAUAGAUUCUAAUGUUGUAAGAGUAAACGUAUGUGGAUACCUGUUGUUCUACAAAAGAAAUCUAUAAUCCAAAAUGAGCAACAGAAUUUGUUACACCAGAAUUUAUCUAAUUUUGAUAUUUUUAUACUCUGCUACCACACCUAGAAACAGACUAACAGAUAUUUUGGGGUUUUGUAAUGGGAAUUUGUAUAAAGCAUUACUCUUUUUCAAAAAAUUGUUUUUUAAUAAAACAAAAAACAACCUUG